AUGAAACUUUCUCAUGAAUUAAUUCGUUUAAUUCUUCGAAUUACUUAUGGACUCGGAGCCUUUUUCGGAUUGCUUGUAUUUAGUUUUGAACUAUUCAUUCAACGCAAUAUGCUAAAUGCUAUUUUUCAAGCUUUCUAUCUUAUUGCAUGUGGUGCAAUACUCUACCUUUUAUUUGCACGUAAACAACCAAAUAAACUAUUUUCAUAUGGAAUAUUUUAUGCCAUGAGUUUUGUCAUCGUACUCUUUUUGUUCAGUGAUAUUUACGAAUUAAUUACAAUAGUUUCUAAGAUGAAGAAUGAAUUGAUUUCUCAUAUUGAAGAAAAUAAAGAACUAAAUCCAUCAAUAAAAGCUAUAAUUGAAAUCAGCAAAUGCUGUUCUAUCGAUGAUCAAAGACAUACCGAACAAAAUUUUCAAAGUUUUCAAACAAAAUAUUCUGACACAUGCAGUGAAGUUGAAUUCGAUGAUGCAAAAUCGUGUCUACCGUUUAUUCGUAAUCAAAGAAAUUUAAUGAUAUUUCUAGAUUCUAUUACUACGCUCUUACGUCUAUUAGUACUAGUUUUAUUAUGGAAAUAUAUCAAACAUGAACAUGAUAAUAACAAAGAUGAACCGAUAAAUCUAUCGCACUUUGAUGGACAGCAUUCAAAAGGAAAUGUUCAAGCUUAA